AGGUAACUUCACAUUGAAAAACUUUUUUUCCAUCCCUGGAGUUGAACAUACACUUUUUGUAGAAGAAUGGAUUUGUUGGCACUCAGGCAAUUUGCAGUGCUCCUCUGGAAAAAUUUUACCCUAAAGAGAAGGAAGUUCUUUAACUUAAUAUUGGAAGUCUUAACAAUAUUAGUGUUUCCAAUGAUGCUUUUGCUAUUCCGUGCAAUUAUUGAGAUGAAUGUUACUGGACCUUACAAUUUUACCUCUCAACCCAUCAGUACUCUGCCUUCUUUCCUCCAAAAUCCUGAAGAGUGGAAAUUGAUUUAUGUGCCUUCUAAUAUUGAUGUAGUAAAAGAGAUCACUGAAAAUGUGAAGAGGAAUCUAAACAUCAGUAUAAAAGUUCAAGGCUUUUCUUCGGAAUCUGAGUUUGAGGAGUAUGUUAAGUAUGACUAUGGAUCUUACAAAGUGCUGGCCGCCAUUGUUUUUGACUGUGACUUCAAAAACAGUGGUGAUCCUCUGCCGCUUCAGGUAAAAUAUCAUCUGCGUUUUGUUAGGAUACAGAGGACUAUCUUGUGGCCAGACAGGAUAGGUUGGAAAACAUCGUUCCUUUUUCCUAAUUACCCCUCUCCAGGACCCAGGAACCCAGAUCAUAAUGAUGGAGGAAGUCCUGGGUACAUAAGAGAAGGGUUCCUGGCUGUACAGCAUGCCUUAGAUAAGGCCAUCAUGCUGUACCAUGAGAGCAAUGCUAGACAGAAGCUGUUUGAUGGUAUUAGCAUCUUUGUACAGAGAUUUCCAUACCCAGCUUAUUCUCAUGACGGAUUAAUUUGGCUCUCUGGUAGUUUCCUCCCUCUGAUGUUCAUACUCAUGUUCUCUCCAACUGUACUUUCCAUCGUGCGAUCCAUUGUAUGGGAAAAAGAAAACAGAUUGAAGGAGUACCAGCUCACAAUUGGAAUUAAAAACUGGAUGCUCUGGGCUGCCUAUUUUUGCACAUUCUUUUUUUUUUAUAUCUUUAUUAUUGCUUCAAUAUGUGUGUUAUUCUUCACCAAGGCAAGUAUUAUCCGUGAGCCACUCCUCCGCUACAGUGACUAUAGUUUCAUCUUUAUCUUUCUUACGUGUUAUGCCAUCGCUUCGAUAUUCUUUGCCUUUAUGAUUAGCACAUUCUUCAGUAAAGCCCGUAUGGCUGCUUCUGCUGGAAGCUUCCUAUAUUUUGCCAGUUUCUUUCCAUUUAACUCCGUUGCUCAAAACUAUGGACACAUAACUCUCACCAGGAAGGUGGCUGCCUGUCUCAGCUCAAAUGUUGCAUUGGCCUUGGGGAUUAAACUUCUGGUCAAGUUGGAAAUAAAAAGAAUUGGUGUUAAGUGGAAUAACCUUUGGACACCAGCCAGCCUUGACGAUAAUCUCGUCCUGGGCCAUAUGUCGGGAAUGCUUUUACUUGAUGCCUUCUUGUAUGGCCUUGUGACCUGGUAUAUAGAAAACGUCUUUCCAGGGAAGUAUGGCGUGCCCAAGCCAUGGUACUUUUUUCUUAUGCGCUCAUACUGGUUUGGCCAACCAAGAAUCAAAAGAAACAAAGGAGAAGUGAAAGACUGUGAAGUAACUCAAAACAAGUAUUUUGAACCUGAACCUACCAGUUUGGUGGCAGGUAUCCAGAUCAAGAAUUUGUACAAGGAAUUUGGUGACAAAGUAGCAAUAAACAACAUGUCUUUGAAUUUAUAUAAGGGACAGAUCACUAUUCUUCUAGGACAGAAUGGUGCAGGAAAAAGCACAACCUUGUCUAUUCUUACAGGUUGUUACCCUCCUACGAGAGGAGAGGCCUAUAUUGAUGGAUAUGACAUCACAAAGAACAUAAUUAAGAUUCGAGAAAGCUUGGGCUUUUGCCCACAGCAUGACUUGUUGUUUAAUGAUUUGACACUAUCAGAACACCUUUUUUUCUACUCUGUGGUAAAAAAUAUACGUCAGGAGGUGUCUCUUCUGGAAAUGGACCAUAUGCUGUCUACUUUUAACCUGCUAGAAAAGCGUGAUACAUUUUCAAAGUCACUAACUGGAGGAAUGAAGCGCAAACUCUCCAUCAUUAUAGCACUUUUAGGGGGCUCCAAGGUAGUGAUACUUGACGAACCAUCAUCUGGCAUGGACCCAGUCUCAAGGAGGGCCACCUGGGAUCUCCUUCAGCAAUUUAAACGCGAUCGUACCAUCUUACUGACCACCCACUACAUGGAUGAAGCUGACGUCCUGGGUGACCGAAUUGCCAUCAUGGUCGAUGGGACCCUGCGGUGCUGUGGCUCUUCAAUCUUCCUGAAACAAACAUAUGGUCUCUCCUCCCUGUUUGAAGCUCUGUUUAACGAUCUGGAAAAGAAACAAAAAGAGCUGGGCAUUGCCAGCUUUGGUGCUUCAAUCACUACCAUGGAAGAAGUCUUCCUAAAACCAGUUUUUUCCAGAUUGAAUGAAAUUGCUAACAUUAAAUUUAAUAGUGGGUUUCCACUUUACCGCCAGCAAUUUCAUUCCAUGUUUGUAAAGAGAGCACUAUUUAGUUGGCGCAACUGGAAGUUGUCAUUGUCACAGACAGCAGUAAUUUUGUUAGUCACUACUUACCUCCUCACAACUCUAAACUUAAAUUAUGAGCCACCCGCCAGAGAAAUGGACUUGAGUCAAUAUGGUCGAACAAUUGUGCCUUACUCAAUUUCUGGGAAUUCUGAUGUGGCUCUGAAAAUCAUAAAGAACCUUAAGAUUUUUCUCAAGCUUAAGAAUCAAGAACUUCGGGAAGUACAAGGUAAUGUAAUGAAUUACAUAUUGGAAAAUAAAGAGUGCCGUGACUUCUCCAUUAUCGCAUUUUCCAUUGAAGUUGAGAAAAACAAAACAGUAUUUACUCUUUUGUUCAAUAAUGAGGCAUACCAUUCAGCUGCAACAUCUCUGGCGGUGUUGGACAACAGUCUUUUUAUGUCACUUUCUGGCCCCAGUGCUUCCAUUAAAGUCUCCAACAAGCCUCAACCUCUCCCGCUUUAUCGUCCUAACACAGCGUAUUUUAGUAUUGUCAUUCACAUCAUAAUUAAAUACUAUGAAAAUGACAUUCCUCAAUUCACAAGAACCUUCCUGGUUAAUACAUUAAUGAUGCUUCCUAGUUACAACUUAGCAAUGAGUAUCAGCAAGUUCUUUGAUGACUCUGAGGUGAAAAAAAGGUGUGCCAGGAAACUGAAAAAUAUCUACCUGGACUGCGAUAAAAAACUUAUUGAGAAUAAUAUCUAUGGUUUUGGAGAACAUGGGAUUGGAAAGUUUUUGAUUUCAUUGGCUGCCCUGGGCCUCAUUUAUCUGCUCCUAUUUUUGUGUCUGGAAAGUACAUUCUGGAGCCUGAAAAACUUUGUCUAUCAUAAAAUCGUAUUUAAUGUCUACGAGAUAUUCAGAAAAUGCAAGAAGGCUACAGCGUCCAUCCAAGUAAACAAGGAAUAUGAGGAUAAAGACGUAGAAGAUGAAAGGCAGAGAGUCCUGACACUGUUAACUAAUUUGAAGCGUGCCCCGCUACUACUUAACGAUCUUACAAAGAUUUACUAUAAGUGUCCAGUUGUAAAGGCUGUAAGAAAUAUCUCCCUUUUAGUCCAAAAGUAUGAGUGCUUUGGAUUACUUGGAUUAAAUGGAGCUGGAAAAACCACUACAUUCAAAAUAUUGACUGGAGAGGAGACCACAACCUCUGGAGUUGUGUUAAUUGACGGCAUUAGCAUCACUGAAAAUAUCAGAAAGAUUAGGUCAAGAAUUGGCUAUUGUCCUCAAUCUGACCCCAUGCUGAACCACAUGACAGGUCGGGAAUUGCUGAUCAUGUAUGCCAGGCUGCGGGGGGUCCCGGAGCCAGAUAUUUACAUGUAUGUGGAAACUUUUUUGCAUUCAAUGCACCUGGAAACCCAUGCUGACAAGUACAUCUACACAUACAGUGGAGGAACCACUAUAUGGAGAAGAUAA